CAUCAAAUCCAACAGAUGGAGAGCACUAACGACAAGAUGUGGCUAGUCCUUAGUGUGCUGCUGUGCUUCACGGUCGGAGGAUUAGCGGAGCAGUGCGGCAGACAAGCAGGGGGUGCCUUGUGCCCCGGCGGCCUCUGCUGCAGCCAAUUCGGUUGGUGUGGUUCCACAACCGAAUAUUGCGGUCCUGGUUGCCAGAGCCAAUGCGGCGCUGCCCCUCCACCCGGUGGCCUCAGCGGCAUCAUCUCCAGGGACACCUUCAACCAGAUGCUCAAGCACCGCGACGACGGUGCCUGCCCGGCCAGAGGCUUCUACACCUACGAUGCCUUCAUUCAGGCCGCCAAGUCUUUCCCCGCCUUCGGCAGCACCGGCGAUGUUGCCACGCGCAAGAGGGAGAUCGCGGCUUUCCUCGGUCAAACUUCCCACGAGACCACCGGCGGUUGGCCCAGCGCUCCGGACGGUCCUUAUGCCUGGGGCUACUGCUUCAACAAGGAACGAAAUCCACCGAGCGCUUACUGUGAGCCCAAACCUCAGUAUCCGUGUGCUCCCGGCAAGCAAUACUAUGGCCGCGGACCCAUCCAACUCUCCUGGAACUACAACUACGGACAGUGCGGAGGAGCCAUAGGAGUGGACUUGCUCAACAACCCUGACCUGGUGGCGAGUGAUGCGGUCAUAUCCUUCAAGACAGCACUGUGGUUCUGGAUGACGCCGCAGUCGCCGAAGCCAUCGUGCCACGACGUCAUCACGGGGAGAUGGUCGCCCUCAGCCGCUGACAGGGCUGCGGGUCGACUUCCGGGAUACGGAACCACCACUAACAUCAUCAACGGAGGGCUAGAGUGCGGAAGAGGACAGGACUCGAGGGUUGCGGAUCGCAUUGGAUUUUUCAAGAGAUACUGCGACAUUCUAGGUGUGGGCUAUGGCUCCAACCUCGACUGCUAUUCCCAGAGGCCAUUCGGUUCUUCCUCACUCGUCGACGCCAUCUAAAUUCUUCUCUUCUCAUCCCAUCUCAACCAAUAAAUGAUUUCGAUACCUGUCUCUUCAACCCUGUUUGCUGUACCCGUGUUGGAGUCUCAUCUCAUCUCAUCUCAUCUCUGAUCGUAAUAAAUAAAUUCAGCUCUUGCUGGACCAUAUGCAA